CUUAAUCUCCGGACUCUCAGCUUCAAUUUAAAAAAAAAAGGAGACUGCAGAAGCUUUGAGCAUGGUAUCCACCAGGCAUCUGAAAACCACAGAAGCCUUAUUGAGCCUAAGAAACUGCUGAACCCAGUGAGGGAAUCCAAGUACCACCAGGAGGUGCACCGGGAACUGCUUUUCACUCAAAGGAGGGGGCUGCUUCCAGAGCACAAGCCUGAGCUUCAGAGAGUUCUGGAAGCCAGGAGAAUCAAGCAGCUGAAGCAGCAGGAAGAAAACCAAAAGCCCAUGACAGCUCUGGAGGAAGUGAGAAAACAACAGCAGAAGCUUAACCAGUAUGAACGGGAGCUGGUCCUGAAGGGUGAGCAAGAUGGGAGGCCUGAGUUCAUUCUUGUCAAAGAAAGCCUGAAGAAGAUUAAGCUCUCUACAGAAACAGGCAGGCAGACAUGAGAGGUCAGCUACAAAUGCAGUUUCUGUUGGAAUGGCUCCUUGAUGGAAGAUCACAUAGAGCAUCUUUGAUGGUGUCCACCACAGCCUCCUCUCACUGGCUUGCAGAGCCCAUGCUGAAACAAACCUCAGGGACAGAGCAGCAGCAGGAAGUUGGAAGCAAGUACUACCCAUUUGAUGACUUUGGGUGGAGUCUGGCUGUUAUUCAGCCAUGAUUGUUAAGAAGACAGUCAUAUUGGGAUGAAAGGGCAGAUUAGAAUCUAACAUGGAGGCUGUAACUGCAUGGCUGCCUUUUCAUUUUUUUUGUUAUUGAACAAUGCCUUUUAUGAAGAAAAUACUUUUUUUAGUGCAUUCCAACCCUUAGAGACUUCCACCCAACCUUAGCUGAGCCUGUUGCUAAUACUCUCUUACACUAGCUCCAGUGUCAACUGUCAACUCUCCUAUGCUUAGAUAAGACAUAAUCCAAUAAUUAAGGCUAACCUUGUCAUGGAGGAGCAUGAAUAUUCUGGUAGGGAGACGUAUGCUUGCAACUAUAUUAGGUUUAUGGGUCUAAUAUAUGUAUACAACACUGUUGUCUUCUGGCCUCAAUUCCUCACCUGUAAAAUUAAAGGGGAGGAUUUUCCACAGUCUCACAGGUCUCCAGACAAGUGGAAAGCAUUAAGACUGUGAGAUACUCAAGCAGGCACACACACUGGGCAGAUAAACUUGGAAUGGUUUGGUGGGAAAGGGUCUAGAUGCCUCCUUCAUAAGAUUAGGGUGUGUCAUCUCCAGGAUUUGCCAAUCUACAGCAAUCACUAUAAUUUUCUAUUUUAUUUAUCUUAAUUAUUAGAUUUUUAUCUUGCCCUUCCUCCGGUAGGAGCCCAUGAACUUCAAACCCCAAACAAAGGGAUUAAAAAAACAGCAGUGGACUGUCUUUGAUUGCAUAAAUGUAGCACUGACAGCAAGUUCAGUCCCCUUCAGUUUGUAAACUGCUCCCAUCCCUAAAUAGGAUUCGUUUUUACACUGUUUGCUGCUAUUAGGUAGUUCAGCAGAGCAAGACAACACCUAUUAUAAUAUUCAGCAUCUACGUGUUAGUUUGUUGGUCCGUUAGAUUUGCUCAGAUACUUUGUAACUUGUGACCACCUUUCCAUCCAAGCAUUUACGAAAGGAGCAAACAGAAUUGCUUUAGAGAAUUCAGAGUCAUUAUGGUAUUGCCUCCUUGACUGAAGGAAGUUAAGAAAGGGGGUUUAGGCUGCAAUCCUAGACCCAUUUACCUGGGAGUAAGCCCCGUUGAACUUAGUGGAACUUACUUCUGAGUAGACACAUACACAAUUGUGCUGCUCGUUGUUUUUAAGGGAAUAUGUUCAGAUCCACAAGAUCUCUUCUGCUGUGUUUCUUUUUUCUUAUU